GGCGUGGCCGCCGAGCUGUAGGUGCUGCAGCCGGGUCGCGACAGGUGCGCUGGGCAGAGCGCAGGGACGGUGGCCGUGCAACGCCGAGCGCCGACGGCUUUCUAGUCUGGUAUUUUAGAGUCUGUAGACAAGAUGGAAUCAACUCCAUUUAAUAGACGACAGUGGACUUCCCUGUCAUUGAGAGUAACGGCCAAAGAACUUUCUCUUGUCAACAAGAAUAAGUCAUCGGCGAUUGUGGAAAUAUUCUCCAAGUACCAGAAAGCAGCUGAGGAGUCAAACACGGAAAAGAAGAGAAAUAACACGGAGAAUCUCCCCCAGCACUUCAGAAGAGGGACCCUGUCUGUGUUAAAGAAGAAGUGGGAGAACCCGGCGGUCGGGACAGAGUCCCACAUAGACACCCUGCCAAACAGCAGCCGUGAGGUCGGGCACAGUGUGGACCACCCUCCCGCCCAAGUGACGGAGGGCUCUGCUGCUGGACCCAGGGCAGACCAGGAAGAGCAGACCCAGCCCAAACCUAGAUUUGGAUCUCGUCAGGAAGCCGUUACUCAGUGUCGGUAUCCCGGCUCAGAGGACAGCCUGGAUCUUAAAGCCCAGGCCACGGAAAGUCAAAACAUGGAAAAUUGUCUGGGAGAUUCCAGGCAUGAAGUGGAGAAAUCUGAAAUGAGUGAAAACACAGAAGCUUCGGGCAAAAUAGAGAAAUACAAUGUUCCACUGAACAGACUAAAGAUGAUGUUUGAGAAAGGCGAACACACUCAAACCAAGAAUGAGUUGAAAGCCAGUGGUGGUGAGAUCAAGACUCAUAAACUGGAACAAAAGGAGAAUGUGCCCCCAGGACCUGAGGUCUGCAUCUCCCAUCAGGAAGGAAGAAAGGUUUCUGCAACUGAGAAUAGCCUGGUGGCCCAUUCUAGCCCUGCGGAAGAUGAUGCUUGUGACCCCCAGGUGAAGAGUGGGGCCCAGCAGCCUGUGCACCCGAAGCCACUGAGUCCUGAUGCCAGAACCUCCAGUCUUCCGGAAAGUUCUCCUUCCAAAACAGUGAAGAAGUUUCAGGCACCUGCCAAAGAGAUCUGUGUGGAGUGUCAGAAGACCGUGUACCCCAUGGAGCGUCUCCUGGCCAACCAGCAGGUGUUUCACAUCAGCUGUUUCCGCUGCUCCUACUGUAACAACAAGCUUAGUCUAGGAACAUACGCAUCGUUACAUGGAAGAAUCUAUUGUAAGCCUCACUUCAAUCAACUCUUUAAGUCUAAGGGCAAUUAUGACGAAGGCUUUGGGCACAGACCACAUAAGGAUCUUUGGGCAAGCAAAAGUGAACAUGAAGAAAACCUAGAGAGACCAGCCCAGCCUCCAAAUGCAGGGGAGACCCCCCAUAGCCCCGGGGUAGAAGAUGCCCCCAUCGCCAAGGUGGGCGUCCUGGCUGCAAGUAUGGAAGCCAAGGCCUCUUCUCAGAGGGAGAAGGAAGAUAAGCCAGCUGAGACCAAGAAGCUGAGGAUCGCCUGGCCGCCCCCAGCCGAGCUUGGCAGUUCGGGAAGUACCAUGGAGGAAGGGUUCAAAGUCUCUAAGCCCAAGUGGCCUCCUGAGGACGAAACCAGCAAGACAGAAGCUCCUGAGGAUGUAGAUCUGGACCUGAAGAAGCUGAGGCGAUCUUCUUCGCUGAAGGAGAGGAGCCGCCCGUUCACUGUAGCGGCUUCAUUUCGAACCUCUUCCACCAAGAGCCCCAAGAUGACGUCACCUCUCAGGAAAGGGUGGAGCAUGUCGGAGCAGAGUGAGGAGUUUGGAGGAGGGAUAGUAACGGAAAGAAAACUAAUGGAGGAUGCCAAAGCCUCUGGGAAGAAUGGGAGUGUGGGAAAAUCACACAGGCAGAGCAAGGGUUCCACCAGUGAUGAAGCCGUGAGGAGGAGCAAGGACAUUCACAGUUUGGAGCUGGAGAGUGAGAAUUUCAUAGAAAAUGGAGCAGACGUAGAUGAAGAUGAUAGCAAUGACCGCGUGCAGCAGUCUCCACUAGAACCCAAGUCUCCAAGCUGGUCUGGCUUUGUAGACACCACUCCUACUGAAGAAUUCACUACCCAGAGUCAAAAAUCUCAAGAUGUCGGGUUCUGGGAGGGGGACGUGGUCAGAGAGCUGUCUGUAGAGGAGCAGAUCAAGAGAAACCGGUACUAUGACGAGGAUGAGGAUGAAGAGUGACCGACGGCUGCCGUGGUGUGGGCCAUCAACUCCUGUCAAUGCUAGCUUGUCACUGCCCUUUAUCAAGUGGUGCCCAGAGACAGGCACCUCAGCACCAACUGUCAUUUAUGUGGGAGCAACAUUAGAAAUGAAUUCCUGCUACCAAAACAGAAAACAAGCAAAAGAGAAUCAAUUCUAAGUGCAUUAUUGAAACUCCAUUUUAAGCCUUGUGUGGUGGCGCACACCUUUAAUCCCAGCACCUGGGAGGCAGAGACAGCAGAUCUCUGAGUUUGAGGCCAGCCUGGUCUACAGAGUGAGUUCCAGGACAGCCAAGGCCACACAGAGAAACCCUGUCUCGAAAAACCAAAAAAAAAAAAAAAAAAAAAAAAAAAGAAAGAAAGAAAGAGAAAGAAACUCCAUUUUAGCAGCGAAGAUAUGCAUAAGUGCUAAGCAGGGGAUUUUCUCAGUGAUGUAGCCAGCGUCCACUGUAUUCCCAAAAGUCAAUAUUAAAGUGUCUAGACAGUUAGUGGCACAUUUUCACACUACAAAUACCAUUGUGGAAUUGGAAACAAACAAAACAGAUUUAGGUGCCUACAUAUCAUGGCCAGAAGCACUUUAGUAUAAAGGGCGCAAUAUAGAUAUUUUUACCAAUUUCAUUUUUUAGUACUCAACUGUUAAAUCAAAUAUUUUUAAUCUUUCAAAAAUUUUUACGAAUUUUCUCCCUCUAGUAGAUACAGGAAACUUCCUGCUUUGCAUCCCACAUAGUCUAUGCAUUUUUAAUUAUUGAGGUAUAAUACAGCAACCUUUGGCCCAGUGAGACGGCUCACAGAAGUAAAGGCGAUUGCCACAUGAACCUGACUGCCUGAGUUCGAUUCCAGAACUCGCAUAAAGGUGAGAGAAUUGAGUCCACAAAGUUAUUCUCUAACAAGUGUGCUCUGUGGCACACAUGCCCACCCACCAAAAAUAAUAAUCAACAAUAAAGAAAUAAGCCACCCUCCCGAAUUACCUUUGGGACUAUGUGCUCUGGUGCUUGGAGACCCGCUGUACCCAAAUAAACUGCAGCAUUUGCCAGUGUGUUUAUCUGACCUCUACGUGAUUGCCUCCUCUUUUUGGUGGCUUCUCACACUUUACUGAAAGCUGCAGUGUUUUCAUAAGACUUUUUGGAUCAGGGUUUCCCAUGCUCCCUGUGGAGCAAAAUGAAGACUCCAAAGGAGAAAUAACAAGAGGGACCACCAGAGCUCAGAUCUCCACAGACACCCUGAGGCAAAUCUUGUUAAUACCGAUCAGCUCUGAAAUGUGUUGGCUUUUAUGGCAGAUGCUAUUUCCAGGGUUAAGUUAAAUCAGUUUUAGGUCUGUCUUCUUAGAUGGUGCCCUAGUGUGAUUCUCUGUAGGUGUUGGUGUGAUAGAAGACUGGGCAGA